AUGGCGCAGGUAGUUAACCCAUUGGAUCAGGCCUCAACUUACAGGGAUUCCCAGUCACGGCUCGACGCGCAAAAGACACAGGAACUGUUGGAUCGAAGCUCAACACUUUAUGUCGGGAAUCUUUCGUUCUACACCACCGAAGAACAAAUAUACGACCUCUUUCAAAAAUGCGCUUCUCCGGAGGACGGAGGAGGAGUGAAGCGAAUCAUCAUGGGAUUGGACCGGAAUACACGAACACCCUGUGGAUUCUGUUUCGUUGAAUACUAUACGCAUGCGGAAGCCACGGCUGCGGUACGUUAUAUAUCUGGGACCAAGCUGGACGAGAGAAUUGUCCGAUGCGAUUUGGACUUGGGAUACCGGGAAGGAAGGCAGUACGGUAGAGGGAAGAGCGGUGGUCAGGUCCGAGAUGAAUUGCGUCAGGAUUAUGACGCCGGGCGUGGCGGAUGGGGUGCCCAAGCACAACGAGAGCGCCGCGAAGUGGUGUACGAACACCAGACCAGUACUGCUGGUGGAGGCGGUGAAUGGAAGCACGCAAACGACAAUCCUUACAAACGUCAGCGCGAGGAUGAUGAUGAAAUGGAACCAAAUCCUCAGCGCAUGCGAGAGAACGAUGAUGUGGAUACGAGAUCCGGGGAAUCAUAG